AUGUAUCCAUUGGCGUGGGCUGUUGUUGAGGGUGAAAACAAUGAAUCAUGGCAAUGGUUCAUUUCUGAAUUGAAGAAGUGUGUGCCUCAUGAUAAUGGUAAAGACUGGAUAUUAAUAUCAGAUGAACACCAGAACAUUCUGUAUUCUGCAUUGUACAUGAUAAACAUGCUGCAUUCUCCUGCAUCUGCAAUUCAGGAUUAUGCAUCUGCAUCUAGCAUUUUGAGGGCAGUCCAGCUGGAGCUUCCAAAAGCAGAACAUAGGCAUUGUGCUAGGCACAUCUACGCAAAUUGGAACAAGUCGUUCAAAGGACAAGAGUUGAAAUUACUGUUUUGGAGAUGUGUCAAAGCAUACAACUUGGCUGAUUUUGAGGAAGCAAUUACGGAGAUGGAGGAUGUUAAUCCGGUUGCUGUUGAUGCCUUUAGGAAAUGUGGUCCACACUUGUUUUGUAGAUCUUUUGUCAAACUAGACGGCAAGUGUGAUGUUAUUUUGAGCAAUAUGGUAGAAACUUUUAAUAAUUACAUCAUGAAUGCUAGAUCCCAUCAUUUAAUAGAUAUGCUUGAAGAAAUUAGAACAAUGCUAAUGAAGAGGAUGGCAAAUAAAAAGGAAGAGGCAUUGAAGAAGUGGAAGGGUUUGUUAUGUCCCAAAGUACAAAAAAUGUUAGACUCAGAGAAGCAAGAAGCAGUUAAGUGCACUGUCAUUCCUUCAACAUCAACGCGUUUCCAAGUAGCCUAUUGUAUGGAUGUUUUAGAGGUUGAUAUUGAAAAUAGAACUUGUACUUGCAAGAAAUGGGAUUUAAGAGGGAUUCCAUGUUGUCAUGCAGUUGCAUCUAUUUUUUACUUGCACAAGGAGGUUGAGUCAUUUGUUGAUCAGUGCUACACUAGACAGGCUUAUUUGAGAGCCUAUGAAGGAAGCAUCAAUCCUUGUAUUGGCGAGAGGUAUUGGCCUAAAAUUGACAAACCGAUCGAUCCUCCUCCAAUUAAGAUUGGUCCGGGUAGACCACGAAAAAACAGAAUUAAGGAUCCGCAUGAAGAUCCUAAAAAACCGGGAAAGCUCUCAAGACACGGGGUUCAAAUGACAUGUGGCAUUUGCAAUACGGUUGGACAUAACAAAAGGAAAUGUCCGGAUAAGGGUAAAGCGGUUGAGCAACCACCUCCAUUGAAAAGAAGAAGAGGAAGACCGAAAAAGAUUGUUGAUGUCGCAACGAACACACCAGAGUUAUCCCAUCACAACGUGUCUGCACAACCGAGUUCUUUAGGUAAAGGCAACAGGACAAUUAGAGCAGGGGAAGGGAGUAGAGGGGGUAGGACUGGUAGUGCAAGCGGAAGGAGUGGUGUAAGUACUGCUAAAAGGGGAAAGCCUAAGAAGAACUCUUCUGAAAUAAUAUCAACCCAAGCAUCGACAACAAAGAAUUGA